AUGAGAAGGGAGUCGACUGUGCGUGUGACGUAUGACACUGUGACGUCAAGCGAUGGUCCAUCUCCGCAUGGUCCAUCUCUCUCUUCACUAGCUGCACUGUGCUCUCUCAUGCUUUCGCCUAUGUUUAAUUUCAGUGAAUUCGGUGUGAUUGUUUUCCUAUCAGUUGCUCUCAAACUACUGGUUGAUCUGCCGUUCCAGAAUUUAGGAAGAGUUUUGCAAUCAAGAAAAGCAGCCAACACCAAAGAAAACCUUGUUGAAAAAUGUGACUCCAGUGAGGCGGUCUUCUCGAAAAACACGGGAAACGCUACAAAUGACAAUGAAGCAGCUAUAAACAGAGAUUCAGACCUUAGAAGGAGACAAGGCUCGAUACGGGACAUCGGAACUAAUCUAUAAAUAAUUUAUACCUGAUCUUAGAUUUUAGUUUAGCUUGUAAGUUAUUGAACACUAUUUUUAAAAUUUGUAAAAUAAAACCAUACGACUGAGA